CGACAACUAAAAUACGCUUUCUGAGUACGUUGUUCCAGCUUUAGGCUUAUGAGCAGUGGAAAGGAAGGUGUUCGAGCGCUGCGCGCCGUGAGCCGCUAUCCCGGGUUUUCACGGUUCUGUCUCUGCGCGGGGUUGGCCUGGAGGCCAAGCAGGUGUGGCAGUUCUGCAGCUGAAGCACCUGCCACAGAAGCCCAAGAAGACUCCUUCCUCCAGUGGUUCCUGCUUCUCAUUCCUGUGACAGCCUUUGGCCUGGGGACAUGGCAGGUCCAGCGUCGAAAGUGGAAGCUGCAGCUGAUAGCAGAGCUGGAGUCUCGAGUUAUGGCUGAGCCCAUCCCUCUGCCAGCAGACCCAAUGGAACUGAAAAAUCUGGAGUACAGGCCAGUGAAGGUCAGGGGGCACUUCGACCACUCCAAGGAGCUGUACAUGAUGCCUCGGACCAUGGUGGACCCAGCCAGGGAGGCCCGGGAGGCCGGCCGUCUCUCUUCCUCGCCUGAGAGUGGUGCCUAUGUCAUUACCCCCUUUCACUGCACUGACCUGGGAGUCACCAUCCUGGUCAACAGAGGGUUUGUCCCCAGGAAGAAAGUGAAUCCUGAUACACGGCAGAGAGGCCAGGUCGAGGGAGAAGUGGACGUAGUUGGGAUGGUGAGGCUGACAGAAACCAGGAAGCCCUUCGUCCCAGAGAACAACCCAGAAAGGAACCACUGGCAUUACCGGGACCUGGAGGCAAUGGCCAGGCUCACCGGCGCAGACCCCAUCUUCAUCGAUGCAGACUUCCGUACGUUAGAGCACAGUCCCCGGGGGACCCAUUGGAGGGCAAACGCGAGUCACGCUGAGGAAUGAACACAUGCAGUACAUCCUCACCUGGUAUGGCCUCUGUGCAGCUACAUCCUACCUAUGGUUUAAGAAAUUCCUACGUCGGACUCCUGGUGUAUGAUCUACUGAAGUAGCUCCGCUCCUCUCCUGAAUAAUCACUAAGUCACAGAUUUCUUUUUAUAUGAUUUAUGUGGGUUAGGUAUGAGCGGUAUGAAUAAAUCCAUACAGUACA